CUCCUAUCGUUCUAUUCUAUCUCGCGCUAGUCCCUCGCGCCUCUCUCGCCGUACGCUCCUGCGCCGGCGGCGGCCGCUCUCAUGGCGACGAUGUCCCGCGCCCUCGGCUCGGCGUUCGUGGGGUUCACUCGGACGCCGGCCGUGCCGGCGACGACGCCCUUGCCGUUGCCCUCCUCGUGCGCAUCCUCGGCGCUGCUCCUGCGCUGGCAGCGGAGCCGGGGCGUCGGCGUCGUCGGGGGCGGCUGCGCGCGGCGGUACUCUUCGGGACGCAACGCCAAGAUCAGCAUGAGCCUCCGAGCCGGCAUCGUCGGCCUGCCCAACGUCGGCAAGUCCACCCUCUUCAACGCCAUUGUUGAAAAUGGGAAGGCCCAAGCUGCAAACUUCCCCUUCUGCACCAUAAACCCAAACACAGGCGUCGUGGCCAUUCCUGAUCCUCGCUUGCAAGUGCUCUCGAAAUUAAGCAAGUCCAAGCAGACGGUCCCAACAUCCAUUGAGCUUGUCGACAUUGCAGGCCUCGUCAAAGGAGCAAGCAAAGGAGAGGGACUGGGAAAUCAAUUUCUUUCAAACAUCCGUGAAGUGGAUUCUAUACUCCAGGUUGUGCGAUGUUUUGAAGAUGAUGAUAUUGUUCACGUGAAUGGAAAAGUUGAUCCCAAGUCAGAUAUUGAUGUGAUUAACUUAGAACUCAUAUUUUGUGAUCUUGAACAGAUAGAGAAGAGAUUGGAUAAGCUUAAAAAGAGCAAAACUAAGGAUCCACAAGUAAAAGUGAAGGAAGGAGCGGAAAGGUCAGGAUUAGAAAAAAUUCUGGAUGCACUUAUGGAUGGAAAGCCUGCAAGAUCUGUUGAUUUGCCUGACCAUGAGAAAGAAGCUAUACAACAUCUUUAUCUGCUCACUAUGAAGCCAGUCAUUUAUGUUGCUAAUGUAACAGAGUCUGAUCUUGCCGACCCUGAUAAAAAUCCCCAUGUCCAAGAGGUGGCCAAGCUAGCAUCAGAGCUGAAAUCUGGCAUGGUUACAAUAUCAGCUCAGGUUGAGGCUGAACUGUCUGAACUACCACUAGAAGAGAGAGUUGAAUACCUAAAUUCUCUUGAUGUUGCUGAAAGUGGGCUAGGCAACUUGGUAAAAGCAACCUAUAACCUUUUGGGACUAAGAACUUAUUUCACUACCGGAGAGCAGGAAACAAAAGCUUGGACCAUUAUUUCAGGCAUGACUGCACCUCAAGCAGCCGGAGUUAUUCAUAGCGACUUCCAGAAAGGCUUCAUUAGAGCUGAAACUGUAUCUUACGAUGAUUUUGUUGCGGCGGGUUCUCUUGGAGCAGCAAGGGAGAAGGGACUGAUGAGGUUGGAAGGGAAGGAAUAUAUUGUGCAGGAAGGAGAUGUCAUGCUCUUCCGAUUCAAUGUGUGACAACAGUACCAUGCAAGAAGUUUCAAGCUUUAUUCAACUCAAAUUUCGUACGAACUUACAAGGCAAGGCAAAAUUUGGGUAGACCAUCAGAUUUUGUCUUUGAGGCAUCAACUGUUCAUGUACUCGGCAUCGUUGCAUUUUCGAAGGAAAAUACAAUCAUUUUAUUCCAUGUAACAUCUGCAGAUACUUAAUAGAUCUGCAUCAUAACUUGGGAUCCUUGGUGAGUUUUGUAAAUCACUUUAAUAAACUCUGCCAGAUAUAUUAUGAGUAAUAAUAUGUAGUAAUCCUUUUUUGAA